AUGAAACUCUUCCUCGCUGUUUUUUGCUUGUUGAGCGUUGUCGCUUCUGCCUAUUGUUCCUUGAUUGCCAGUGGUGCUAGUUUGCGUUCAACCACUGCUUUGAAUAUCAGAUCAGGCCCAUGUACAUCAAAUGGUAUUGUUACUAGUGUUGGUGCUGGUACUACUUUGAAGUUUACUGGUAGCGUCCAAUCUGGAUGUGGUUAUACAUGGUAUGGUGUUGAAGUUAAUGGUAAAAGAGGACAUGCUGCUUCUAAUUUCUUGACUGAAGUUAAUAAUGGAGGUGGUGGUGGUUCUAACACUGGUGCUUCUAUCAGUGUUGAUGCCUUGAGAAGAAUUAUGCCAAACUUGUCAUCAUCAAAGGCUAACCAAUAUAUUGGAUAUUUGAACAGUGCUUUGGCUGCUGGUAAUAUUAAUACUUGUUGCAGAAAGAGUGCUUUCCUUGCUCAACUUGCUCACGAAUCUGGUGAUUUGAAUUGGUUUGUUGAAUUUGCUUCAGGUGCUGCUUAUGAAGGUAGAAAGGAUUUGGGUAACAUUUAUCCUGGUGAUGGUGUUAGAUACAAGGGUAGAGGUCCAAUUCAAAUUACUGGUCGUGCUAAUUAUCGUGCUGCUGGUCAAGCCCUCGGAAUUGAUUUGGAAAAUAAUCCAACCAGAGCUGCUGAUCCAGAUGUUGGAUUCCGUACUGCUGUUUGGUUCUGGAACUCAAGAAGUUUGAAUCAAUAUGCUGAUCAAUGUAACCAAUCUGGUUUUGAUAUCACUACCAGAAGAAUUAACGGUGGUUACAAUGGUAAGGCUGACAGAGAUGCUCACUGGACCAGAGGUAAGAGCGUUUUGGGAUGUUAAUAAAUAUCAAAGAUUUAUUCC